AGCAUUUUCACUGCAUUCAUUUCUGAUUUCACCUCGCACACUUCCAGUUUUAUAUACACUUUCAACACGGACAGACAUAAGUUGAAAAUUUCUAAAUUAAUUAUUACAUCAAUAUGAACUUUAAGGCUUGUUCCUCGAAAUCCAGUAUUGCCAGGAGAAAAGCUCCUCUAAAUAAUGCCAAUGUGCCAAGAGCAAGCCGGUCCAGAAAAUCUGGGAAAAAAAACAAAAUGCACUUAGCAAAGGCACCGAUUUACGGCAGAAAGCGUCCUGCCGGAAAAGUCACGAACAGGCGAGAUGUUACCACCAGGAAACCCAGAAAACCGAAAGGCACAAAGAUCAUUGGUGGGGAGAAGCCCGUAGAAUCCAACAGUAGACCCUGGUGGAAUUUCUUUUUUAGCAAAAAACAGAAUGACGAAGAGACCUUACGGGAAGCGCAGCAAGGUAACAUAUCCUGCGAUGUUUUGAUGACCGACAUGUCAACCCAAACCAAUGUAAGGGGCAGUCCACAAUGGGAUAAUAGUGAUGACGAUUAACUUGCACCAUUUAACAAGCCCAAUAUAUAAUAAUUUAAGCUAA